CCCAGGCCGGCGGGCUGACGUGCGAACUCCAGUCUUUUUGCCGUACGGGGGUUUAUUUUGCUUUGGGCCACUCCAGCCUCUGCCGCCGCCGCCAUUAGGCGAGCGCGGUUAGAUCGUACGGUGGCGGACUCGCGGUGUUUCGCCUGCUCCCCCCUCCAUCCUGCCGAGGUGGUAGCGCCCUCUCGACAAACCGGGUCUUUCCCCUAUCCGCACAGACCAGGAAGGAACCAUGUCCUGAGCCCGGGGAGGGGAGAGAAGCAGGAGGCCGCAGCCAGCGGGUCGGUGCAGGGGUGGGUGGGAUGCGGGUGAAGGGAAUGGACGGCAGCCGCUGAGGGGACAGCCGCGGGAUCAGGAGGCGGCGCUACAAGCUUUCUGCGUGAAACACUUACGGAGUACAGGAUGACAGAACGUGGAAUAAAAUGGGCUUGUGAGUAUUGUACAUAUGAAAACUGGCCAUCUGCAAUCAAGUGUACCAUGUGCCGUGCUCAGAGACCCAGUGGAACUAUUAUCACAGAAGAUCCCUUUAAAAGUGGUUCCAGUGAUGUUGGUAGAGACUGGGAUCCUGCAAGUAUUGAAGGAGGCAGCAGUCCUUUGAUAUGUCCAGAUUCCAGCGCAAGACCAAGGGUUAAAUCAUCUUACAGUAUGGAAAGUGCAAGUAAGUGGUCAUGCCACAUGUGCACAUAUUUGAACUGGCCUCGUGCAAUAAGAUGCACUCAGUGCUUGUCUCAACGUAGGACCAGGAGUCCCACAGAAUCCCCUCAGUCUUCAGGUUCUGGUUCCAGACCAGUUCCAUUUCCUGUGGAUCCUUGUGAGGAGUACAAUGAUAGAAAUAAACUAAACAUGAGGACACAGCACUGGACUUGUUCUGUUUGUACAUACGAAAAUUGGGCUAAAGCCAGGAAAUGUGUGGUGUGUGAUCAUCCUAGGCCUAACAACAUUGAAACAAUAGAACUGGCAGAAACCGAAGAGGCUUCAUCGAUAAUCAACGAGCAAGACCGAACUAGGUGGAGGGGAAGUUGUAGCAGUGGUAAUAGCCAAAGAAGAUCGCCUCCUACAACCAAACGGGAAUCUGAAGUAAAAAUGGACUUUCAGAGAAUUGAACUGGCUGGAGCUGUUGGUAGCAAAGAAGAACUUGAAGUUGACUUCAAAAAGCUAAAGCAAAUAAAAAACAGAAUGAAGAAGACUGACUGGCUGUUUCUCAAUGCUUGUGUUGGUGUUGUAGAAGGUGACUUGGCAGCUAUUGAAGCAUAUAAGUCAUCAGGAGGAGAUAUUGCACGGCAGCUUACCGCAGAUGAAGUACGUUUGCUAAAUCGCCCUUCUGCUUUUGAUGUGGGAUACACACUUGUUCAUCUUGCUAUACGUUUUCAGAGACAAGAUAUGUUAGCAAUUCUGCUUACAGAGGUAUCCCAGCAUGCGGCUAAGUGCAUUCCAGCCAUGGUGUGCCCAGAGCUUACUGAACAAAUCCGGCGUGAAAUUGCUGCCUCUCUUCAUCAACGAAAGGGAGAUUUUGCUUGCUAUUUUCUAACUGACCUUGUAACAUUUACGUUACCUGCAGAUAUUGAAGACUUACCACCAACAGUCCAAGAAAAACUAUUUGAUGAAGUCCUUGAUAGGGAUGUUCAAAAAGAACUAGAAGAGGAAUCUCCCAUUAUAAACUGGUCACUGGAAUUGGGUACGCGCUUGGACAGUAGACUGUAUGCACUUUGGAAUCGGACUGCAGGGGACUGUCUGCUUGAUUCAGUACUACAAGCUACAUGGGGCAUUUAUGACAAGGACUCGGUGCUACGUAAAGCCCUUCAUGACAGUUUACAUGACUGUUCUCAUUGGUUCUAUACUCGAUGGAAAGAAUGGGAGUCAUGGUACUCCCAGAGCUUUGGUUUACACUUCUCGCUACGAGAGGAACAAUGGCAGGAAGACUGGGCAUUUAUACUUUCUCUCGCUAGUCAGCCUGGAGCAAGUUUGGAACAGACACACAUUUUUGUACUUGCACAUAUUCUUAGAAGACCAAUAAUAGUUUAUGGAGUAAAAUAUUACAAGAGUUUCCGGGGAGAAACUUUAGGAUAUACCCGUUUUCAAGGUGUAUAUUUGCCUUUGUUAUGGGAACAGAGUUUUUGUUGGAAAAGCCCUAUUGCUCUGGGCUACACACGGGGCCACUUCUCUGCUUUGGUUGCCAUGGAGAAUGAUGGCUAUGGCAAUCGAGGUGCUGGUGCUAACUUGAACACUGAUGAUGAUAUUACUAUUACUUUUUUACCAUUGGUUGACAGUGAAAGGAAGCUACUGCACAUUCACUUCCUGUCUGCUCAAGAGAUCGGCAAUGAGGAACAGCAAGAGAAGCUACUCAGGGAGUGGUUGGACUGUUGUGUGACAGAAGGUGGAGUCCUAGUUGCUAUGCAGAAAAGCUCUCGACGGCGCAACCAUCCCCUGGUAACGCAGAUGGUGGAGAAGUGGCUUGACCGUUAUAGACAAAUACGCCCCUGUACUUCCCUUUCAGAUGGAGAGGAAGAUGAAGAUGAUGAUGAUGAAUGAGAAAAAUGGAGACACCUGAAUGUGCAUAAUGUGUGGUGGCCCCCAGAGUCUGUGGCGUGCGUGCUUUAGCAGUUUGUUACAUAAUGACCCACUUUUAGCAGGAAGCACCCUGAAAUAGGAUUUUAAAUCAGCAUGGGGAGAAUUCAGGCACUCAUCUGAUGUAUGAAGACGGUUACAUUGGUUGGACUACCGUUUGUAAAAAAAAAAAGAAACAAAAUCCUAAUUUUAUUACCUAGACAGAAAGCAUUUUUCUUUCCAAUUGUACAUCUGUCUAUAAAUGUACCGCAUGUGGUUGUAUAAGAAAGUUGUGUAAUAGGAAAAAGUAUUACCAGCAUCUUAAAAUUACUGAAGAAAUUUCUUUUGAACAAGGGCACUUAAAAAGCACAUAGUAUCUGGGUGUCUGUUCCUUUUAAGACUUACAGGAAAACUUGGUAAUUUUGCAUCACAUGUUAAGCAGUCCGACACACUUCCUGGAAAGAUCACUUUAUGUGAAAUCUUAUUGUUGCCCAGCUUAGAUCAUGUGGCUUUUUUGUUGAUGCCAUAUAUCCAGAGUAAGUCAGACAUAAAUAAGUUCAUUAUUUUAUUAAAGUUUGAGUUGCUGUUGUGCCCAUUAUAAUAAAAUGAAACAUUAAAGGGAAAAACAUCUUUGGAAGGGAUGACAAAUUUU